AAAAGUUUCAAUAAAAAUCUUUUAAAAAGAGUUUUUAGAGCUCAAAAUGUUCGUUUUUGCUGUGGAUUUCAACCAACUUACCUCCAAAAAUUAACUGAAGACGAGUUGAUGAUGCGAGAUACAGUCCGUAAAUUCGCUCAAGAACAAAUCGCUCCUUUGGUAAAGAAAAUGGAUGAAGAACAAAAGAUCGAUGAAGGACUUGUAAAAGCUUUAUUCGAUAACGGUUUGAUGGGAAUUCAAGCUCCCGAAGAAUAUGGCGGAAGUGCAUCGAAUUUCAUGGUUAGCGUUUUAACGGUUGAGGAAAUUUCAAAAGUUGAUGCCGGAGUUGCGAUUCCCGUUGAUAUUCACAGUACUUUGAUGAUCCCGUUGAUUAAGAGACUCGGAACAAAAGCUCAGAAAGACAAAUAUUUGCCGCGAUUAGCUCAAGAUACUGUUGGAAGUUUCGCGUUAUCAGAAACUUCAUCUGGAUCGGAUGCUUUUGGUAUGCAAACCACAGCGAAAAAGGAUGGCAAUCAUUUUAUCUUGAACGGAUCAAAAUGUUGGAUCAGUAAUUCUGACAUCGCAGAUAUUUUCAUCGUUUUCGUCAAUGCUGAUCCAUCCAAAGGUUACAAAGGCAUCACAGCUUUCAUCGUUGAACGAGACACCGAAGGAUUCACAAUUGGCAAAAAAGAACAAAAACUCGGGCUUCGAUCUUCGGGUACUUGUCAACUUCAUUUCGAUAAUUGCCGAGUCCCAGAAGAAAAUAUUCUCGGAGAAUUUGGUCAAGGAUACAAAUACGCUGCAGGCUAUUUGAACGAAGGUCGUGUCGGAAUCGCCGCUCAAAUGGUUGGAAUAGCACAAGGAACACUUGAUGCUACAAUCCCUUAUCUACUUGAAAGAAAGCAAUUCGGCAAGGAUCUUUUCUCGUUUCAAGGCAUGCAACAUCAAAUCGCACGAAUUUCAACGCAAAUUGAAGCUGCAAGACUUUUAACUUAUAACGCAUGUCGUUUAGUCGAAAGCGGCGAUUCGUUUUUAAAAGAAGCUGCAAUGGCAAAAUUCUUUGCGAGUGAAAUCGCGCAAGAAACAACAAUUAAAUGCAUCGAUUGGAUGGGCGGAGUUGGUUUUACGAAAGAUUUCCCGCAAGAGAAAUUCUACAGAGAUGUCAAAGUUGGUUCAAUUUAUGAAGGAACCACAAAUAUCCAAUUAAAUACAAUCGCAAAAGCAAUUCGAAAAGAAUACGAAUCGUAAA